AUGAGUCAAGGUCGCCCAACCGUUCAAGUUAAUUUGCUAUUUUUUGCCAAGUCACGAGAACUAGCAGGAAUAUCACGGUGCUCAAAUUUUGCUUUGCCAACAACCAGUGGCGGUACAUCAAGUGGCCUUGAAGUACUGGACAGAAUUUGCCAACAGUUUCAUGAACUAAACGCUAUUCGAGAUUGUGUAAUAAUAGCUCACAACGAACAAUACUGUGAGAAUUUAGAAACUCCAAUUCAUCUGCGUGACGGAGACGAGAUUGCGGUAAUCCCACCGAUUGCUGGCGGCUAG